GGGUCUGCCGUCUGGGGCUUCUGUUUCCAAAUUCAAAAUCCUUCUUACUUUACCGUCAAAAAUUACAAGUUGUCCAGAGUUUUCCUUGAACAAUUAAUCGCUGGUCUGAAUGCAAAAUAGAAACACAUUUGAGUAAACGGGAGUUCGUUUUGCUAAAGUGAUCGGCAUCUUUAUAUGAAGCAGCUGUUUGAAACAUUGCAUUGGGACCAUUGGAUGCACUGAAGAGAUUGAUCCAGUAUCCUGAAAUGCCAUGUCCUCUUGGAGCGAGAAGCUUUUUUGGCCCAUUGCUAUAGGAAGUAUUGGUUUAAUUCAUUACGUGUGGUGGAAAAUCCAGCAAAACCCCAACUUUGUCCCACCCCAAGACAGAAAGCCGCAUCCCUUCAUCGCUGCUGCGUUGGAGUUUUCUGAUUACCGAAAGCGCAAGGCGCUUGAGAAAGAAAGAGCAGCGAAUUCCGCUCAGGCUGGCGAGAAUUUAGAGGAAGAACCAAAGCCGAAGCGUUACUACUGCGAUACCGUGUCCCGUGACAAUAUGCCGAUUUAUCGUUUUUGGCGUUUACGCAAACUCAUUCGCGAUACAACAGCGCCGAUCCCCCUAGCCACUGCCAAAAAGUGGGAUACCAUCCUAGGGCGGAUAUACAAUGUCAGUGUGUUAGGGAUGUUUUGCUGUCUUAUGCAUUUGAUUUUUGAGCAUAACAAAGAAAAGGAAGCGGAGGCGCGACGAACUGGCAUCCCUACGGAGAGCAGUGCCGAGUAUUGGAUACGAAAAAUGGAGUAUAAAAACGCAACACUUUUUCGAGUUGGCUCAGGUGGUGUCUCGAAGAGGGAGUACCAGGAUGGAGAAUUAGUGAAGAUCCAAGGACGACCUGUAAAAAAAGCAAACGUGCUUCCCCCCGUUGAAGACAUCAGUGCUUCUACUGGCAGCACUAGCGAUAUCGCCGUUUGAGUUGUGAUAAUAGUAUAAUACACACGGUUAACUAUGGGAAUUGCCAGUUAUGCUAUCCCGGAACAGCGCUGUGCGGCGAGUACGCAACGGAAUUCUGAGUUUUUAACUGUACUCUGUACAGCAUAAUACAGUUGUUCUUUUCUUUGUGCGUACUUAAUUGUUGUGUGGCGUGCGAAUGAUUCAGAGCAAAAUGUAGUUUUAGAACAAAAAAAUUAGCGUGCUUUA